AUGAGAGGUGAAAUUGGAGAGGCCGAAAAGCGAGGCAAAACAAAGCAAGAGAUAUCCAAAAUUGAUGCAGAAACUGCCGUUCUAGAAACCAAGCGCCGAAGCGAGAAGGCGCAGGCAGAUGCUCAGCUUACAAAUCGCCAAACAGAGCUCGAUAUGGGCAUUCGACUUGGGAAGAUAUCCGCUCAGCGCCAAGCAGAGAUGAAAGAUGCCGAGUUGCAGAAACAGGUCGAGACCAAACGAGCAGAAACGGAAUUGGAACGCCUGCGGGCAAUCGAUGUGACCAAGAGCAAGAUCUCAAGGGAGGCUGCUGAACAGAACGCUGAUGCAGACCUCUACACCAAAAUGAAAACCGCUGACGCUGUGAUGUAUAAACAAAAGAUGGACGCUGAUGCACACUACUAUCGCGUCUCCAAGGAUGCAGAGGCGGCAUUUUUGGCAAAAACGAAAGAGGCGGAAGCUGCCUACAUCGCGAAGAAAAAGGAAGCUCAAGGUAUCGCCGAGACGGCCAAGGCUUACGCUGCGAUGGCAGAUGUAUUUGGCGGACCGCAGGGCUUCCUACAAUACCUUAUGAUUCAGAAUAAAACGUACGAGGCACUCGCCAGAGCAAAUGGUGAAGCUAUCAAAGGCCUUGAACCCAAGAUUACGGUCUGGAACACCGGUUCAUCUGGCGAUGCGUCACAGGAUACCACUGCCCCAAUCCGGAACCUCAUGCAAAGCCUUCCACCGCUUUUCUCCACUAUCCAUGAGCAAACUGGGAUCUCUCCCCCGACGUGGAUGGCUCAGCUUCCGCACACCCAAAAUCAGCUAAACUCUACUAGACAAGCUAAUGACAUUCAGGCGAAGCUCAAGUAG